AUGUUUCGGUUUCUCAGAUUUGCACGUCCUUUUGCCCGGAUGCCCGCAAGAUCCCUAGCGGUGGGAUCUACACUUUCCAUCUCGUUAGCGUUUGGCUCGGUUAUCGCUAAUGAUGCUAGCAAGAAGGGCUUGGAAGGCGUUGAUCUCGAUAAAAGUAUUGAUCCUUUCCCUACAGAGCUUACGCGUGCCAAUUGCUCAGUCGUUGAUAAAGUACAACGGUUGGUGGCCUCGGGUAUGAGGUCGGUGACGUUUAUCAGCUUUAAGGUGUAUGCUGUGGGCCUCUAUGUUCCUACUAAGGAUGAGCCCCAGAUAUCCACGACGGUGGCUCAGUAUAUGCGUCUGAACCCUGGCAAGACAGCCGAAGAGCUUUUGGGCGAUAAGCAGCUUUCACAGGAGAUUUUGGAGAACAUGUCCCAGAGAAUCAACUAUACGAUUAGAAUCACUCCAGUGAGGAACACAGACUUUGGACACUUGAGGGACGGCUUUGUCAAGACGAUUUUGGCUUGUCCUUUGGCAAAGACUAAGAGAGAAGAGGUGGCUACGGGAAUUGAGCAGUUAAGAGCAGCUUUCCAGGGCUUCAAGGGCUCGGUGCCUAAGAACCACUCUCUUUACUUGGUAACUGAAAAUAACCAGAUCACAAUGCACUACGUGGGCAACAAGGGUGAAGUUCGUACCUUGGGCAAGAUCACCGAGCCUAGCAUCGCUCAGGUACUCUUUGUGCUGUAUUUCAGCAGCGCUAAGCCCAUCAGUGAGCAGCUCCGUAAAGACUUUGUCAGCUACGUCACGUCUACGUUACCAUAA